AUCGCGAGGGAAGGCGCCAUCGAUUUUGCUGCGCGAUCUCUGCCUGGUUUGUAAGAUUGUAGCUUGGGGCGAUCCAUCAAUCGCGAAGCUUUCGACGCGAUCGACAGCUUUGGAUUGGUGUAUGAGACAGCGGAGCUGUGAAGAAUGAGGAUCGCGCAAGCCCUUUUCAUUGGGCUGAUCCUUUUCACAAGCUCAUAUUCUUCGCUCGCUGGGAAAAGCUACUAUGAGAUUCUCGAGGUCUCCAAAUCCGCGUCAGAGAGCCAGAUAAAGCGCGCUUACAGGAAGCUCGCUUUGAAGUAUCACCCGGACAAAAAUCCCGGGAACGAGGAGGCAAACAAGAAAUUCACAGAGCUCACGAACGCAUAUGAGGUGCUUAUCGAUGAGGAGAAGCGCCAGAUAUAUGAUAAGUUUGGAGAGGAGGGUCUAAAGCAAAACGGUGGUGGUGGAAGAGGUGGUGGAAACUUUGCUCGGGAUAUUUUUUCACAGUUUUUUGGUGGCGGAGGAUUUGAGGAGGAGAGUGAAGAAAAGACUCCAAAAGGAGACGAUGUGAUUGUAGAACUCUAUGCCACAUUGGAGGAUUUGUACAUGGGAAAUACUUUUGAGAUGUGGCGAGAAAAGAAUGUUUUGAAACCGGCACCGGGGAAACGGCAGUGCAACUGUAAAAACGAGGUUGUACAUAGACAACUGGGGCCUGGAAUGUAUCAACAAUUUACACAGCAGGUUUGCGAACAAUGUCCCAAUGUCAAGUUUGCUCGCGAAGGCUACCACAUCACCGUUGAUAUAGAGAAGGGAAUGAAGGAUGGACAUGAAAUCACGUUUCAUGAGGAUGGCGAACCGAUAAUUGAUGGAGAUCCAGGCGACUUGAAGUUUGUUGUGCGUACCGAGAAGCACGACCGGUUCGAGAGACAUGGAAACAACCUUCACACAGCUGUUACCAUUUCCUUGCUUGAAGCGUUGGUUGGUUUUGAAAAGGAGAUCAAACAUCUCGAUGGCCACGCCGUUAGCAUCGGUAGUACGGGUGUUACAAAGCCGAAAGAAGUUAGGCGAUUCCGCAGCCAAGGCAUGCCCAUUUUUGAGAGUGUAAACUCGGGCGACUUGCUUGUUACAUACGAAGUAGAUUUCCCAAAGACAUUGACAGACGCUCAGAAGGAAGCAAUCAAGAAAGUUUUCAGCUGAGGCUUAGCAACCGAGACCGCUCCAGCUCGAACAACAUGCUACAAAAUCGAGGAAUUAAGAUCUAGAAAGGGGAAGAACACAAGAACGCAAAAGAAGGAGAAGAGAGGCUACCUCGUAUGCCGCAUCAACGUCUUGGUAGCUAAAACUUAUCUCCACAUUGUGGCGUGGCUCGUCCUUAGAAGCUGUUUGGACACCUCCAGUUAUAGCAGUCUCGUGUUGCUCUAGAGGAGUGAAAGACAGCGUUGUAGAGCCCGUCUCGAGCUCGGCCCAUCUAAAGAUCAAAAACAAGCUCACAGAUUUUUAACACC